GUUGGGUGGGGGAAGGAGCCCCGGGAAACAGUGUGCCUUUGUGAGGGUGUGUGUGUGUGUGUGUGUGUGCCGCUGAGUCUGUGUGCAGUGGGUGUGGGUGUUUGUCUCCCUGUAUCCGCCUUCUCUCCCGUUCUGGACUUUUAGCCUUCCUGGGCUCCUUUUCCCCGUGUCCUACGCCCUCCCUCUCGGGGCUCGAAUGAGGUGCCCUAGUGGAGGAGGGGGGCACCCUCCAGGAGCCUAGUCCAACCCCAGACGCUGCCUGAGGCUUCCCUCCAGCUCCCCCUCCCUUCCUUUUCUCCCUUUCCUCCCUCCCUCUCUUUCCUCUCCUCCCUCCCCCCCCCCCAGGCUGGCGUGCCAGGGGGUGGGACAUGCCAAUCACUGGCUGUGCCUCUCCGGCUGCCAGCACAGGGCGCAGCUCCCCCCGGGAGCCAGGUGUUUGGGUCCCUGGAGACGCCGCCGGCCCCCGGGGAGGCAGUGGGGCUGAGGACCCUACAGACCCCUCUCCAGUCCCAUGGGAACCCUGAAUCCCACCACCCCCAUCCACCUUCAGGCCCCCCAAGAUGGACUGAACCAGGUUGCUGGCCACACGGACAAGCUGGAUGCCAAGGUGAUGACCUCCCCCUGAGGAAGCCCUGUAGUGUGACUAGAGAAAGGGGCUGCCCGCCCAGCCCCACCCGGCCACCAUGAAUACCUCGGCCCCACCCGCCGUCAGCCCCAACAUCACGGUUCUGGCACCGGGAAAGGGUCCCUGGCAAGUGGCCUUCAUUGGGAUCACCACAGGCCUCCUGUCACUGGCCACAGUGACGGGCAACCUGCUGGUCCUCAUCUCCUUCAAGGUCAACACUGAGCUCAAGACAGUCAACAACUACUUCCUGCUCAGCCUGGCCUGUGCCGACCUCAUCAUCGGUACCUUCUCCAUGAACCUCUAUACCACGUACCUGCUCAUGGGCCACUGGGCUCUGGGCACACUGGCCUGCGACCUCUGGCUGGCCCUGGACUACGUGGCUAGCAAUGCCUCCGUCAUGAACCUGCUGCUCAUCAGUUUCGACCGCUACUUCUCCGUGACCCGGCCCCUGAGCUAUCGAGCCAAGCGCACGCCCCGCCGGGCGGCCCUGAUGAUCGGCCUGGCCUGGCUGGUUUCCUUCAUCCUCUGGGCCCCAGCCAUCCUCUUCUGGCAGUACCUGGUAGGGGAGCGGACGGUGCUGGCCGGGCAGUGCUACAUCCAGUUCCUCUCCCAGCCCAUCAUCACCUUUGGCACAGCCAUGGCCGCCUUCUACCUCCCCGUCACGGUCAUGUGCACGCUCUACUGGCGCAUCUACCGGGAGACGGAGAACCGGGCCCGGGAGCUGGCGGCCCUGCAGGGCUCCGAGACGCCCGGUAAGGGGGGCGGCAGCAGCAGCAGCUCAGAGCGGUCCCAGCGGGGGACUGAGGGCUCGCCAGAGACCCCCCCGGGGCGCUGCUGUCGCUGUUGCCGGGCCCCCAGGCUGCUGCAGGCCUACAGCUGGAAGGAAGAAGAGGAAGAGGACGAAGGCUCCAUGGAGUCCCUCACGUCCUCGGAGGGUGAGGAGCCUGGCUCCGAGGUGGUGAUCAAGAUGCCCAUGGUGGACCCCGAGGCGCAGGCCCCCGCCAAGCAGCCCCCCCGGAGCUCCCCCAAUACGGUCAAGAGGCCCACCCGGAAGGGGCGUGAGCGAGCAGGCAAGGGCCAGAAGCCCCGCGGGAAGGAGCAGCUGGCCAAGAGGAAGACCUUCUCGUUGGUCAAGGAGAAGAAGGCGGCUCGGACCCUGAGUGCCAUUCUGCUGGCCUUCAUCCUCACCUGGACACCAUACAACAUCAUGGUGCUGGUAUCCACCUUCUGCAAGAACUGCGUUCCCGAGACGCUGUGGGAGCUGGGCUACUGGCUGUGCUAUGUCAACAGCACCAUCAACCCCAUGUGCUACGCACUCUGCAACAAAGCCUUCCGGGACACCUUCCGCCUGCUGCUGCUCUGCCGCUGGGACAAGCGUCGCUGGCGCAAGAUCCCCAAGCGCCCCGGUUCCGUGCACCGCACCCCCUCCCGCCAAUGCUGAUGGCCCCUCACCUGCACCCCGCCACCCCAGUCCCCGGGAGAGCCGGGUGGAAAGCGGGCAGGGGCUGCGACCUCAGACCCAGGGCCCUGCUCAGCCCUCGCCGGGCUUCGCAGGCCCCUAGGUCACCUUCCUGAACAGCCCAGAGAGACCCUGCCAACUUUCCAAACUUAGCUCUUUCCAGCCAGGGAAUGAACCCGGGGAACUGGUUUUUCUGUUCCCUGCUGGGUGGGAAUAGGCUCUUCACCAGGAAGAAGGCUGGGGGAGGAGGCUCCAGGCUUUGGAUCCCUUGUUUGCCUUCAGGCAGGAAGUCUGUUAGGGAGCCAGUGGGGCGGGUCAGGAGAAAGAAGGUUUACAUUUCAGUCAUCUCUGGCCCCGGGGGGCUGGCCCAGAUUGUGGGAGACGGCACCCCCUGGGGCGAUGGCAAGCUUGCCUCUCAGGGAGCAGGGAUCCCCCUCCCCUCCCCAGGCACAGCCCACUCUGCCGGGGCCCUAGGCACACUCUCCGGGAUUGUCCAGCCUCCCUGAAAAUGUCCCCAGAGUGUCCCUAUGUGGGUCACCCCAAGGCAAAUGUCUAAGCAUCAGCAGGACAAUGACACCAGAAGAGACCAGAUGGGCUAGUCACACACCAAGUCCCAAGGCAGCCGCAGGACCAGGCAUCGGGAGUCCUGAUUGUCCCACUAUGUAGUUUCCCUGGGAGUGAGGGGCAGGGGUCCCUGCUGUCCAGCCCCACACCUAUGCCCUCAGUCCCUCCCUCCCUGGCUCACAGCCACCACCUGGAUGGAUCUGCUCCGUGCAGCUCUAGCCAGGCCUCCCGCAUGCUGCCUGCCUCCGGCCUGCCCCGCACAGGCCUGGCCCGGCCCACGGGUCCUCUCCUGUGAGCUCCCAGUCCAACCAUGCAUGGCCUCCCAGCCGCCCUUAUCUCCAGGCCCAGCCUGACCCCAAAUGUUCUUUCCUUCCAUCCUCAGCAAGUGCUGAGUCUGUGAAUAAAGCCACGUGACUA